AAAACAGCUGUUGAGUCUUAAUGUUUUUGUUGCUGUUGGCAUUACGUUAUUUUUUUGUCAUUCACUUCUCUUUUUAAUAGCUAGAUGAGAGUAUAGAAUUGUUGUUAUCUUUUUAAUUAAUUCUCUGCGAUGAAAUUUAAUUUAAAUCCCAAAACCAGUAAGAUUGAUACCAUUUAUCGGAGUAUACUGUUGAGUAAAUUUUUCACCCAAGGAUGGGGCGAUCCAGAUAACAUGAAAAAGAUAUUUACACUGAGAAAAGUCAUCUCUGAUCGUGAAUCAUGUAUGAAAAUGGUCUCUGCAAAUCAUCCUAUUUACAUUGAUCGAGUUGUGGAGGAUUCAAGUCAACACACAUUAACAGAGGGACAUUUUAUUAGUCCUUUGAAUGCUUAUCUUCCAGAAAGUAUCCCAGAAGAAUCACGAAUAGCUCGGUUUCAGCUGUUAUUACCUAAAAAAUGGAAACAUCCAUAUCUCAAGCCUGUUUGCCUUCAUUUAGCUGGUACUGGAGAUCAUUUUUUCUGGAGAAGAAGAGCACUCAUGGCUAAACCAUUAUUACGAGAAUCUGGAGUUGGUUCAAUAAUCUUGGAAAAUCCCUUCUAUGGAUCUCGUAAACCUCCAGAUCAAAUCCGUUCUUGUCUUCGAAAAGUCUCAGACAUCUUUGUCAUGGGUGGCUGUCUAAUUCUAGAGUCUAUAGCUCUUUUCAAUUGGUGUGAAAAAAUGAACUUUGCUCCACUCUGUGUUACGGGUAUUUCCAUGGGUGGUCAUAUGGCUUCUCUGGCUGGAGUAAGUUGGAACAAACCGAUAUCGAUUAUACCUUGUCUCUCCUGGACAACAGCGUCUUGUGCUUUCACCCAAGGAGUAUUGAGUGGAGCUAUUCCAUGGCAAACUUUGGAAGAUCAAUACGUACAAUAUGGCCGAGAGUUUCGUGAAGAGGUUAAAAAGAUGAUUCAUUCUCCUGAACAGAAUGAAAUAUUCAAUGCUGGAAGACAAUUUGCUCAAAACUUUCCAUCUAGUCUCGAUUCAAUGCCAAACGAAAGUGCCAACAAAGGUGAAGAACAAAAUCAAGACCUCAAAUUAGAUUGUAUUAAUUUUAUGCGUGGUAUUAUGGACGAAUGUACUCAUCUUGGAAACUUUGGUCCUCCAGUUGAUCCUGAACUUGCUACUAUUGUCACUGCCUCACAAGACGCUUAUGUUCCUCGCGAUGGUCUCAUUCCUCUGACCGAAAUUUGGAAAGGAUCCAAAUUACGUACACUUGAAGGAGGACACAUAACUGCUAUACUUUUUAAUAUGAACGUCUUUAGAGAGGUAAUAGCAUCUUCAAUUAGACUUAAUGCACAGAAACACUACCAACAAGAGCUGUGAUAAAAACUUGAGACUCUUCCAAUGAGUUCUAACACCAAUAAGCAUAACAAUCAAGAUCUUUAUUGAUCAAAGUACUUAUCAUUGUGAUAAUUUUCAUCAUCUUUUCAAUGCUGGUCAACUGUUUGAAUAUACUGAAACCUGGUUCACCUACCAUCUAAAAGUUAAUGAAGUUUUGUUAUUUCUUGUCGA